GUUAUCGGACGGCCGGCGUACGUUGUUUAUCGAACUCGUGUGCCCGUCGAGGCAAUAUUAAUAUAUUAUACAUUAUAAUAUUCACCGUUGGCGCCGUAUCUUUAUUACUGUACAAUCAUUAAGUCACAACACCGGCGCUCGCUGGUACCCAUAUAUCAACGUGUGUGGAUUUCGAACGAACGAGAAAAUAAGUCCAAUCGCUUAGUGAACGGAUAUCUACGUUUGCCCACCCACGUGCACGCAGACACGCCGUACACCGUAUAUACUGCGCCUGUUACGGUCCAUCCAAGCGCACUUCACAUUUCCAUCCAAUGAUCGAUCGGUGUGCGUUCUGAAGCGGUGAACGAAACAAUUUGUUUUCGGACGUUCCGGUGGUGCAGUAUAUAAUAGUGCAGGUGUUCGAUUAUAAGCGCAAUCAGAAGAUUAUAACAAUCACGUUAUAUACCUAUCCUAAAUAGGUACAACAUAAUAUUAUUAUAAUAUUGUACCGUUUAGCGUAACCAGAAGUAAUACGAUUGUUUUUUCGUCGUUCAUCGUAAAAUAAACCAAAAAUGGAUUCUGAGUCGUUUAGAAUAUGCGGGAAGACCGUCAUCGACUAUAUCGCCGACUACAUAGAUAACAUCCGAGACAGGCCCGUUCUCUCCACCGUGAAACCGGGAUAUCUGUAUAAAAUGGUGCCACCUGAAGCUCCGGUCAAGGGUGAAGAUUGGCGGACGGUAAUGGCUGAUGUGGAAAACGUAAUCAUGCCUGGCGUUACACACUGGAACUCACCGCAGUUUCACGCAUUUUUUCCUACUGGAAAUUCUUAUCCGGCCAUAAUCGGAGAUAUGCUGUGUAACGCGAUCGGGUCUAUAGGAUUUUCUUGGAUAACGAGUCCAGCAUGUACCGAACUGGAAGUGCAAGUUAUGAAUUGGUUUGGAAAAAUCUUAGACUUGCCAAAACAGUUUUUGAACGAAUCCGAAGGACCCGGUGGGGGCGUAAUUCAGGGCAGCGCCAGUGAAGCCACAUUUGUUUGCCUGUUGGCAGCCAAAGACCGCACGACAAAGCGGAUCAAAGCACUCGACCCGAGCAUGACUGACGGCGAGAUUAAGGCGAAAUUAGUUGCCUACACUUCCGAUCAGUCCAAUUCGAGUGUAGAGAAAGCCGGUCUCCUGGGAUCGAUGCCGAUGCGGAUGCUCAGGGCGGAUAAUAGCGGCAGGAUGACCGGAGCCAUAUUGGCUGAAGCCAUAGCCGAAGACAUUGCCAAAGGGCUGAUACCGUGUUACGUGGUUGCCACAUUGGGCACUACUGGUACUUGCGCGUUCGACUGUCUGCAGGAGCUGGGCCCCAUCUGCAACGCAAACAACAUUUGGUUACAUGUCGACGCCGCUUACGCAGGUGCCGCUUUCGUUUUGCCGGAAUAUAGAUAUCUGAUGGCGGGAGUGCAAUACGCUGACUCGUUCGACGUCAACUUGCAUAAAUGGCUCUUGGUGAACUUUGACUGUUCGGCCUUGUGGGUGAAGAACGCCACUCAUUUGGUGAAUGCGUUCAACGUGGACCGGGUAUACUUGAAGCACAGCUACCAGAGUCAGGAUCCCCAAGUGCCAGAUUACAGACAUUGGCAAAUACCGUUGGGCCGGAGGUUCAGAUCGUUGAAAAUGUGGUUUGUGUUGAGAUUGUACGGCGUGGAGGGCCUACAGGCACAUAUUAAAAAACAGAUUCACUUGGCGGACAUGUUUGGGAAGUUAGUCAAACAGGACCCGAGGUUUGAAGUCGUCACAGUAACCAUGGGAUUGGUUUGCUUCCGAUUAAAGGGCGACAACGCCUGGACGAAAAACCUUUACGAGCGACUGAUGGCGAGCGGGCAAAUUUACUUGGUCACGGCCACCGUCCGGUCGAGGCUAGUUAUACGGUUCGUGGUGUGCAGCCGGCUGACCGAGGAGGUUGACGUACAUUUCGCGUGGAACGAGAUACGUGCGCAGACCGACUGCGUGGAUGGCGAACGGGAAGUGACGCCUGCGAGCAUUUGUAACGACCUGACAGGAGCGUGGCCAAAGGACAAGGACUGUGAACUCACCGCCGCUACUAACAUCGUCGUCAAGUCUUUGACCCAAGGAUGAGCUAUAUAUAUAUAUAUUAUAGUUUUAUCUUUUUCACAAUUAUAUACCUUCAUUGGUGUCGUUAUUGUAAUGUUAGGACGCACGAGAGCGAUCGGCUUUUGAAAUAUGUAUAUUAUUAUUAUUAUUAUUAAAAUUAUUUGUUAUUUUAAUUUAAUUAUUGUAUGUGGCAAUUGUAGUGUUACAACGAGAAACCAAAAAACCACGCUCCAACAGAAAGUAUACAUUUAAAUGUUCGAUAUUUGAUAGACCAAACAGAUUUAAUACACUGCGUGUUUAAGUGUUUUGUGUUGAUCAUAAUAUCAUUUUGGUUUGGUAUAAAGUAAACAAAAACAUUAAAGAAUUACUUGUCACGCACGAACACAGUAGAUACGCCACUAUCGAAUAAUAUCCCUAAAAAGUGCGCACGCAAACGCUUACACUACGAAUUCCGUACCCCUUCUCUGUGGGAUCGUAUAUAAUUAUGUUAUUAAAUUAACAUGUAUGUACGACAAUUUAUUUAUUUGAUCAUUUUAAUGCGUGGUGAUUUAGGUUUUUUGUUUUCUAAUAAAAUUAUACGUCCUUUAAAUUUUUUAAAUUUUAUUGUUAUAUAAUAUAAUAUAAUAUAAUGUAUUAUGUUUUAUGUCCAUAAUCAAAUAAAACACGAUUAUGCGUUAUAAGAUUACUGUAUUUUCAUAAUACACAAUAUAGUUGGUAAUUUAUUUACCUACUGUUGGAUAAUAGAAAUCGGAUUGUUACAAAUUUUAUAUAUUAAUUAUUUCAUAAUAAUUAUUGUUAUUAUCAUUUAUUGUAGCGGUUGGUGUUGCUUACGUAACUACUUGAUUUUAAUGUCUUCGAAUAUUACACAAACAUUACAAUACAUAUUUAUAAUAAAUUGUUAUUAGUCUAUAUCGAUCAAUUUAUUGAAGACAUAAUAUUUUAAACAAUAUAUACUGCACGUUAAUUCAUAUUUAUCAUUGUAUUUUUUUUUUUGGUUAAGUAAAAAUGAUGAAAACCGUAACGCGUUGAUUUCAGAAGAAUUUAUUACUUAUUUCGUACGUGGAUAUAUAUUAUAAUGACGUAUCAGUGUAACACACAGCUGUAGUUCUGAUAAGACAUUAAAUGCAUAAAAUAUAUUAUACAGAUAAAUACAUAUUGUAAACGAGUAUUAAGUAAUAUAAUAUUAAUACACAUCCUAGAAAUCUAAUUUUUUUAAAUUUAUUUUGUUAAGUUCAUCCAAAAAUCUUAACUUUAUAAGUAUCGGGUCGUCACAGUUCAAUUUUAACAAGACAAAGAUGAAUAAUAAUUGCUUAUGGACAUCAAUAUUGUUCCAAAACUAAAUUUUUAUUAGUUAAAUCGUUACAUGUAUUAUAAAGCGGGUUAAAACGUCUGAUAAAAAAUAAAAAUACCUUUACUCAUAUUUUAAUGGUCAGAUAAAAAGUCCAUGAGCUAUUUAGUUACAUAUAAAAACCGUUUUAUCCACUGGUAUUUUAGCUCGUGUACGGCUAGACAUUGUUGUCAACAUUAAAUAGUUAAUAUUGUAAUCACUAAUUGAUAAUUAAUAAAAUAUGAAUUUUAAUUUUUAACUUAAAUAUGACUUAAUAAACUUAAUAAGACGUAAGCGUUAAGUACCUACAUUAGCAUUGGUAAAAAAAAAAAAAAAAAUAGAAAAUCAUAGAAAAACAGAACUCUGAGUGUAUACAACACCGUGGUAAGUUGACAAUUAAAAAAAUAAUGAACAGAUUAAAGUCAUAUA